AUGAUACUACUACAUAAAUGUCUUAUUGUGCAUUUAAAUUUUUUUUAUUAUAUCUUUGGCCAAUUUUUCUUCACACAAAAACUUUUACAUCAGAGACAAAUAAGUUUAUUUUGUUUUACCGCUAAAACUAGCCCUAUUUCAUUUCUGAUCAGAGAAGCAGGCGUGUUUGAGUGCCCAAUGUUUUCUUUUCAAAGUAUGUUUUUUAGACAGAAAUGA